CACUUGGGCCGCUCGUCGCCACCCGUCGGCUCUCCCAACACUAACAAUCGUGCUCAAGCUAUCCGCCCCGACGGCCUUAUCAGCCAUGACGGGGCCUGCUGCGCCGAGCGUGCCUCCGGAAUCCGCUCCGGCCCCGGGUGCAGGUGGACACGGUGGAGUGAGCAAGAGGAAGUUUGCUGCGCCCCCCGUCAAGUCGGCCUGUCUUUCCUGCCGAGCUGCUCGGACCCGCUGCGAUGGCGGGAAACCAUGUGCAACUUGUCAGAAUAGAAACCGAGAAUGUGUCUACCUCCCCAGUCGGCGGGGCGGCCCACGACCCCGGAAGAAGCCACGGCCAGAGAUGGACGUGACGGACGUGACGGACGAAGACCCGAACCAAAUACCCAGCGACGUCUUCACCGUGUUGUCACAGGAACCAGCUGAUGCACCCCGGGCUCCCAUAUCGAUACAGGACUACAUCGACCCGGGAGCCGGCCUGAAGCAGCUCCAAGACUGGGUCCCGGACAGCGACUUCAUCUUCGACAGCCUGUUUCUGAACGGCAUGGACCCCACUGUCGGCGGCGGCGGCGGCUUUGCGUCGGAUGUUUCCGGGACGGAGACGCCGGCUCAUGUCGCGCCCAUGGUGAGAACCUACCAGAGCGACGCAGCAAUACUUGAAGCGUACUACGUCUUCAUACACCCUUUCCUCCCGAUCCUACCGCCGCCGUUUAGCAUUCCUGUUGAUCGGCCUGUGCCCCGUUUGCAAGACCAACUCGACCUCUUCGAGGGGGCCUACGAGCCUUCCUCGGCCGUGACGCUUGCCAUCUCGGCCGUCCUCGCCCUCAUACCGUGCCCCGAGGAUCCUCACCCCCAGACGCACGAGUCGCAGCUGUUCCGGAGGAAGUACGCCCAGUUCCUCGCCCAGUCUGCCUUCGAGACCAUUGAGAGCGACGAGGAGAUCCCGGAUUCGUCCAUCGAACCCCCCAGGGCGCUCAGCGAAGAGCCCAAACAGCCUUUUCGGAGGCCACUGCACCCACAGGUUCCCCUGGAGCUCGAGAGGAUUGUGGCUCUGUGCGUGCUGAGCAUCUACGAGUAUGCACAGCGUGGGAACCUCAAGAAGAUGCAGAACCGGGCGGGGCAGGCGCUCAUGUCUGCGAUGGACCUGUCUCUGCACUCGUGUACGGUGCGGGACGAGUUCACUGAGGCGAGACGGCGAGCCUGGUGGAUGAGUUACGUGUGCGUCGCGCAGGGCUCCAUCGUCAGCAACACGAAACCAUCGUUCCUGGUGCUCUCGCCCAGCUACACGGCCGAGUUCCCAACCUUUCUCGCCGAUCCUGAGGCGUUCACUGUCUUCAUGCAAGCCCAGCGUGCAAUCCUAGCCGCGACGCAGUUUGUCAUAGAGCUCAACAAGGCUCUCAAAGAGAACGCCGACAUGAAACCCAUCUUUGAGAGGAUGAGAGAGCUUGAAGCCCUCCUCGCGCCGCUCCUAGCCCGUAGCGAAGGCUGGCUGCUGCCGUCCACGACGACAUCACCUGUCGAUCCCGCCGAGGGGGUUGUGGCCCGGUCGCUGAGGUGCAUGGCAUCCAUCAAGCUGAAUAGUGCAAGGAUCAAAGUCCACCGCUAUUGUGCCUUCUUUGACAUUCCUGUCUUCUCGCGCAAACACUGCGAUUUGAAGCCCUUCAACUCGAGCAGCAGCAGUAGCAACAGUGGCGGCGACGAGCCACGACAGUGGCCUGCGUGCUCCUGCAGUACUUUCGUCACGCCCUACGCGGCGAGCACGACUGGAACUGUGACCACGCCGAGUGGCAGCUCGCUUUCAGCAGGGUUGUCUCCAACCUCUUCAGACGGUACCACUAUCACCACCGCUACUGUCACCACCACCCAACAACAACAACAACAACAACAACAACAGCCGUCACCACCCUACCCAGCAACUAAUCCCUUUCCCUUCAGCAGCCACCAGUCCGCCCGAACCUGCCUCAAGUGCGCGCUCGAUAUUUCUCGCGCGUUUGAGGAGCUCCCGUACCCGAUUCCUACAGGCGCACAGCAGCCGCAAGGCCCGCCUGUGUUCCUGUCGCCGACGUCGGGGACGGUGUGUCCACGUACGAUGCCUUCUUUUGCGUGCUGUGCUAUGCAGUGUGCUUAUGCGCUGCUUAUGGUUCACCAGAAGACUCGGGCACUGUAUUCUCCGAAUGCCGCUCCUGGGGUAGUCGAGGGAAACCUUCUCAUCAGGCUGCAGCAGGGGCUGACGAGUAUUUACGCCACAUUGUCGAACUAUGCCAUGUCGUCUGAGGCAUUGGGAGGGAUGAGGGACCAAAUCAAGAGCGCGAUCGAGGACUCGACGGUGUUUGUGGUCGGAUAGAGAGGCGAUUACUAGUUUUUGCAUGAGGAUACGCCUUUGCUGUCAUUAGCAGCAGCUUGGGCUUGGACAUUUGCUGGACAUGGACUGGGACUCCUCGUGUGGUGAUCUGGAAGUACAUUAUGAUAGACGGUCUAGAGUCUGAGAAGGGAACGAAGCUUCAAGGUCCAUGGCCGAGGGAGGAAGGCCGGUGGGGGGGGGGGGGUUGGAAAGGAAUAGCAACGGCUGGCAGUUGCCAUCAAUGACAGUAUUCCUGUGUUCGCC